AGAUUUUGCUGAGUUGUUCCAGCAUUAAAAAAAAGAUGUAAUUUCAAGUAUCUGUGUUUUAUUAAUGCCUAAGAUCCCAAUUCUAAAAUGUAAUGAGUUCGCGUUACUUCCAGUGGAAUCAGUUGUUCUGGGAAUGCGAAAAGAAGCCAAACGGCGUACUAUGCUAUUUCAAACAAAUUGCUUAGAAUGUUUCAUUCCAUGGAUAUAAAUACAUUUACUCAACAUUUCCGUGCCCUGCGCGUUUUAAACCAAAACGACAUUCUGACAUUUUUUUUGUAUUUGCUGAAUAUAGAUAAUUAAAUACAAAAUGGACAGACAUUAAUUCAAUACAAACUGAUGCCUGUUAACUUGACAAGCUUUGAAGACAUUUCCCUCCCACCACCUUGCGGCCACUAGUAAUAUACAUAACAAGAUUCAAUUCACCACAAACGCUUCGGGCGGGUUAGUUCUCACAAUUGUCGAAUGCUCCGGGAUGGAGUUUUGCGCCUAAGGGAGCUCCAACUUCUCUCCCGAUUUCAGACUGAGUGCCGAGGCUGAGAAUAUGGCAACUAAAUUGACGAGAAUGAUUGCUUUUCUUCUUGUGUUUGUGUCUUUGGCACCAACUGAAAUUGGCAGCCGUAACGUCGGGAGAAAGAAGGGGAGAAAACUACCCGCGUCAAUUGUCCAACAACUCGACCAAGCACCAGAUGCCGCCUGCAUUGUAGAAGUUGCUUUCAUUUUGGAUAGCUCUGAAAGUACCAAAGAUACUUUAUUUGACCAAGAGAAGCAAUUUGUAAUUGAAUUCACUGAAAGGGCUUUGCUGUCUGAGCAGUCAAAAAAAUUGAAUCUGUUUUGGAGAAUGGCUGUUUUACAGUACAGUAGUUCAGUCAAGAUGGACCACACCUUCCGAGACUGGCAAGGAUUCGAUCAAUUCAAGAAUCGUGUACAAUCCAUGGAUCACAUUGGCCAUGGCACCUACACUUCAUAUGCUAUAGGCAAUGCCACUCAGCUCUUCCAGGCUGAGGCAAGACAGAACAGUGUAAAAAUUGUCAUAUUAAUGACAGAUGGAGUAGAUCAUCCCCGCAAUCCAAACCUUCAAAAUGUGGCAACUCAUGCAAAAGAAUAUGGAAUAUUCUUGUUUUGUCUUGGGCCUCCACAUAUAUCUUCUGACCUGUCAGCUGUGGCAAGUCUUCCGUCAUCACAAUUUGUUCAUAGCUUAAGAGAUACCAACCUUACCAGGAAUUUACUCCAUGAAGUGCUGAAAGUUACCAAAGAGUCGUGUCCAAAACCUAAGCCAUGCACCUGUGAAAAGGGGGAAAGAGGAAAAGAUGGAGCUCCUGGAAGAAGAGGAGAUCAAGGUCAAGAUGGCAGUCCUGGUGAAAAAGGGGUACAGGGACUACGAGGCUUAAAAGGAGAGACUGGAAUUUUUGGAGAAAAGGGCAAACCUGGGUUCAAAGGACACAAGGGCUCGAAAGGUGAAUGUGGGAUUUCAGGAACAAAAGGCGAAAGUGGUCCUAAAGGGUCACCAGGUCCAACAGGAAAAAGAGGAUCACAGGGAUUAGCUGGCCCAGCUGGCGAGCAAGGUCCUGAAGGAAUCCAAGGCCCAAAGGGUGAUCGUGGUCUUACUGGUUUAGAUGGUCCAAUAGGAAACCCUGGAAUUGGAUACCCAGGACCACAGGGUGUAAAAGGUUCACACGGUCAACCUGGUCCCCUUGGUCCCCCUGGGAUUGGAGAAUCUGGAUUACCCGGGCAAAGAGGAGAUCCUGGUGCAAAGGGUGGAAAAGGACAGACAGGACAAGGUGCUCCAGGAAUAAAGGGUGACAUUGGCUUUAGUGGCCCUAAAGGCUCUCGAGGAACUCCAGGAACUGGAAUUAAAGGUGCCAAGGGUGAUAUUGGCCACCAUGGACCAUCUGGUCCUAAAGGCAAUGCAGGAAUUGGGUUACAAGGUGUAAAGGGGGACCAAGGCUUUAAAGGACCCCCAGGGCCAAGAGGUCCAAGAGGAGAAGGUUUAAUUGGAGAAAAGGGGGAUCGAGGGUUUCCUGGAGAGAUGGGUCAAAGAGGAAUAGGACAAAGUGGACCUCCAGGUCCCAAGGGGGAUCCCGGAGUGCCAGGAACUGCAGGAACUUCUGGAAUUCCUGGAGAUUUUGGAUCAAACGGAGAUAAGGGUGAGCAGGGAAACCCAGGACUACCUGGCCCACCAGGGAUUGGUAUUAAAGGAGAUCCGGGUCAACAGGGUAAUCCUGGUAAAAGGGGACCCGGUGGUUUUCUUGGACAUCCAGGAUCAGUUGGACCUGCUGGACCCAAGGGGGAACCUGGGUUGCGAGGUGAGGUUGGAUUACCAGGCCCUUCAGGGAAGGGAUUUGUAGGACCAAAGGGGGACCGAGGGCUACCAGGGCCACAAGGUUCGAUUGGUGAUCCAGGAGUUGGACUAACAGGACCUAAGGGUCGUCAUGGAGAUCCUGGAUUCCCCGGACCAGCUGGGCCUAAAGGAGAGGGUUAUCCAGGUCCACAGGGUGUCACAGGCCCUCACGGUCCACGUGGUGACCCAGGAGAUGAUGGCAAAGGAUUUCCUGGACAAAAGGGUGAUAUUGGCCAUCCGGGACCACUUGGCCCAGUUGGAAAUUCAGGAAUAGGAUACCCUGGUCAAAAGGUUAACAUAGACUUCAAAAACAUAGACUUCACUCAACAGCAGCUCCCGGGAACCCCAGGAUCCCCAGGUUUGAUGGGGCCCAGAGGCCCAGCAGGGGAAGGUAUAUCAGGACAGAAAGGAAAUCGAGGAUAUACAGGCGAAAGAGGGAGUAAAGGAAACAAAGGUGAUGAAGGAAUUCCUGGCAUUGAUGGCAGCUCAGGAACAAAAGGAGAGAAGGGUGAACCUGGUUUCACAAGAGAGGAAGUAAUCAAGUUGAUUAGAAUGAUCUGUGGGUGUGGACGGAAAUGCAAAGAAAAACCUCUGGAACUGGUAUUUGUAAUGGACAGUUCUGAAAGUGUUGGCCCGGAACAUUUUGAAAUCAUUAAAGUGUUUGUCAGUAGUCUGAUAGAACGGGUUAGUGGUAGCAAUGAAGCUGCCCGAGUUGGUGCAAUACUUUACAGCCUUAAAGCUGACAUAAUCAUUGACUUAUGGCAGCGUAUAUCUCCGGAGGAAGCCAAAACAUCAAUUCAGGACAUGCAAUACUUAGGAGAAGGCACCUACACUGGAACAGCCAUAAAGGUGGCAAAUCAAGUUUUCAAGUUAGCUAGAAAAGAUGCACGCAAGGUGGCAAUAGUAAUUACUGAUGGACAAACGGACACAAGAGAUCCGACUAAUCUGGAGAUGGCAGUGACAGAAGCCCAUUCUGUAAACACUGAGGUGUUUGUGAUUGGGAUAGCCAAUGUAACUGAUCUUUUCUACUCUAAUUUCAAGAAGGAAAUGAACCUGAUUGCAUCUGAUCCUGAUGAGACACAUGUUUAUCUGAUUGAUGACUUUAGGACUCUUCCAACACUUGAAAGUAACCUGUUCUCCAAGAUCUGUGAACCUGAGAAUGAUUCACUGUUCAGUGUCAUUCCAAGCUCCAUAUUACCCCCUGGUGUGUCACCUGCCAUCAAUCCAGUUCACCGCGCACCAGACCGUGACAUUGUGCACACCGACAAUGUACAUAAGGAGGGCAUACAAACUAAGGAGCGUGGUUCUCCAGGAAUUAGCGCAAAUAAAAUAGAAUCGAAUGGUGUUAGUGAAGACGUAUCCGUAACGCAAAAUGGAUCACUUCCCCUUCCAAUACCACAAGAAAAUGGACCAAUGGGAAGGCCUGAAGCAGGACCUGCACCUGUUGACCAAGAUGUAUGGGGAAAGUCAAACCCUUUCAAAGAUAAUAUCGUUCUACCAACUCCAGCAGCAAUGCUGAUAGAGGAAAAUUACAAAGAUCCAGACUGUGAUGAACCACUUGAUCAAGGAUCAUGCCGAAGUUAUGUUAUUAAGUGGUACUAUGACAGUGCAGCUAAUUCAUGUGCACAGUUUUGGUAUGGAGGUUGUGGGGGGAAUCAGAACCGCUUUCAGUCUCAAGAUGAAUGCCAAAACAAAUGCUUACACUUUUAAAAG